UAUGAUACUAUGCUACUUGUGUAAGAUGGAAACGUUGUGAUUAUAGCUAUAAAGGCAGGAGCGGGAUUAUUGUGAGUUGCUCGUUUAAGCGUUUGUUUGUAAGGAUUACUGGUAGUCCGGUGUGUAGUCUGACAUUUAAUUUACAGCAAUACUAUUAUUAAUUAUUGACAUAACAGAAAAUUCGUUAUAAACUGUAAACAUGUCUGACGAAAAGAAGGAAACUAAAACAGAAUCGGAACACAUAAAUUUAAAAGUAUUGGGACAAGACAGUGCAGUAGUUCAAUUUAAAAUUAAAAAGCACACACCACUCAGGAAAUUAAUGAAUGCUUAUUGUGAUCGUGUGGGUUUAGCGAUUGCAGCAGUAAGAUUUAGAUUUGAUGGUCAACCCAUAAAUGAAUUAGAUACACCAACAACACUUGAAAUGGAAGAAGGAGACACAAUAGAAGUUUAUCAGCAACAGACAGGAGGAUUGUGUUGAGAUUUAAGAUUGUCCUUCAAUAGUUUAAGUAAAAAGAAACUUCUGUUCCAGUGCUUACUUCGAAAAAGAAAA